AUGGCGCCGCCCCAACCGCCCGUCAUGUUCAACGUAGAUCCAAGUGACACUUGGCUCUCAAAGUCAUCUAGCACAGUGGCACAGAGCAGUAUUACCAGCGGCGAAGCCGAUUCUGUGCAGUGGCAGAGCGGGCGCGCCGAGCGCAUACAGCAGCUGGAAUCAGUGCUUGCUGCCACGACCCAGCGCCGGUGCCAGGGGCAAAAGCAAAAGCAAAAAAAAAGUGUAUAUAAUGAGACCAACUACGGCGACAUGCUGGACGGCGAGGACGGCGAUAACAGCAACUGUGCUGCCAAAAUCAGCGGUGAUGGAAGCGAUGACGACUGCCGCUCGGAAUCGAGCAGCCUAUUCUACAGCGAGGGCCGGUCUCUCCUGUGCACAUACUACCAGCCCCCUGCAGAGCCAGCGGCGGACACCGCAGCGACGUUUGGAGUCUACGGGUCAGUCAGUGCCCCGGAACCGCCGCUGAAAACGACAGAGCAGUUUCUGCCGUGGGACGUGCGGCUUCGCGAUGCAGUCCGGCGGGUGCUCUACUGCGGCAGAAGCGCUUGUUUGGACAGCAACAAUUGA